AUGUACAGAUUUGCCAAAAGAGGUGAGAGUGGAGAUCCCAUCGGUAGUCUAAAUAUUUGCUCAUUGAUAAUGCCGUUAAAUGUAAAAUACGUGGUCCUUACUGUCAGGUUGAUCAGUCGUGUUAACGAUUCUUUCCGUAUCCGUUCUACCUCCAGGAUGUCCUCUUCUCUCUCCAAUAUCUCCAACAAGGCGCUUACCGCCUUCUCGCCUGAGAUCUUUGUGUACAAGGAUUUUACAUCGAAACUCACCAACAGUGCCGAUCCUACCGACCCAAUUUUCUGGAUCCUUUGA